AUGGCUACAUCAAUUUCCACUUUACCAGCUUCUGUAUUAGCAACUGCAAUCGACGACCAACAGCGUUUCAAACACUCGCCGUUCACCAGUACUGACAUCAAUUAUCACGUCAAAGUGAUAGGGCCAAUUAUCUUGAUCUAUGAUUGGCUUUUGAACAUCGACUCUGAAUUGACUCAUGUGUGGUCUCGCCGUUGGGGUGUAAUGGAAUGGAUGUACUUGUCCUCGCGGUACAUGCCCUUCGCCGAUACAACAAUCAUGUUGCUGUACCAUUUUUUCUUGGUGGAUCCGAGCAUUGAAUCAUGUCGCACCGCUCUAGCAACGCAAUGUUGGAUGUAUAACAUCGGAAUGACCAUAUCUCAGACCAUAUUGAUGAUUCGGACGUGGGCACUUUGGGAAAGAAACAAAACCCUCGGGCUUGCUCUGUUUGUCGAGGCAGCUCUUACAUCUAUUGUAUCGCUGUACGGCACAGGUAGUUUUGCCAACUCUUUGACGUGGGGCUGUUUUGUUUUGACUUCAAGCAAGAUGCUUUACAUCAAUUCUGGUCUGCUUCUGUUUACAGAGACCAUAUAUCUUGUAUUGAUACUGCUGAAAGCCUACCGCAUGGGUAACACGAUCCAAUUAUUCAUCUUUAACACAUACUGA